AUGGGCAACGUUCAGUCAGGCUCCGCUCUCACUCGCACCACAGGCGCACUCGAUUCUUUCGUAGCAGAGCUUGGGCCAGAUGUCGUAUACGACAAGAGUCUGGGUCAGGCAAGAUUUCUUAAGACAGUUAAAUGUCGUCACCGCAAUGGAGCCCUCGUAGUCAAGAUAUUCAUCAAACAGGACCCAGGCAUCAGCUUGCGCAAUUAUCAGCGCAGACUUAAGAUCGAACGCGAAUCUCUGCUCGAUAUACCCAACGUAUAUAACUACCAGACGUUCGUGGAGACCGACAAGGCGGGCUACAUAAUACGCCAAUGGAUUGGCAGCAACCUCUAUGACCGCAUCAGCACCCGCCCAUUCCUCAGCCUCGUCGAGAAGAAAUGGAUCGCGUUCCAGCUCCUCACCGCCCUACGCGACGCGCGCAACCGCAGGAUCUCGCACGGCGACAUCAAGUCCACCAACAUCCUCGUCACCUCCUGGAACUGGAUCUACCUCGCCGAAUUCGCGGCCCCAUACAAGCCCACGUACCUUCCGCUCGACGACCCCGCCGAUUUCUCCUUCUUCUUCGACACGAGCGGCCGCCGCACGUGCUACAUCGCGCCCGAGCGCUUCUAUACGGCAACGAGCAAUCCGGAAGUGAGCGCGCGCAAGGAUAAGCUGGGCGAAGAGGACGGGGAGGGCAAGAGGGAUGGCAAGGUUACAGAGGCGAUGGACUGUUUCAGUGCGGGAUGUGUGCUUGCGGAGCUGUUCCUGGAGGGGCCACUGUUCUCGCUCAGCCAGCUUUUCAAGUACCGCGAAGGGGAGUACAGCGUGGAGGGCCACUUGAACGGGAUUGAGGACGCGGGCAUCCGGAACAUGAUUAAACAGAUGAUCUCGCUGGACCCCAUCGCACGCCCAAACUUCGAGUCGCUGCUGCACACUUCACGCGGUACCAUCUUCCCAGAGAGCUUCUACUCCUUCCUGCACAGCUACAUCUCGUCUAUCAACGACCUCCCGUUCAAUGCUUUCUCACCGUUAUCGUCCUCCGGCUCCGCAGCCGGCUCCGCACUUGCCACACCAACUAUAUCGACACCAAACCCAUCGUCAAUUCAGCAACCCCCGUCGGCGCCGUUGAAGAGCGCCGGCGCCUCCGCAGCCAAGGAUGCAUUGGCGGAUGGUGCGCCGAACGUGCUCCCGAGCGACAGCGACCACCGGAUUGAGCGGAUAUGGGAGGACUUUGAGGGCGUCGAGCCGUAUCUUAUCCCUGACGACGAGGGCACGGAGGGCCCGCCGCGGGAGUUGGAAAAGGGGGACGGGAGCAACGUCAACGUCAAGAUUGACUACACUACAUCGCCUAUAUCCUCUAAACCACUCCAGGACAUCUUCCCCGUCGAACUGCACAUCCCGAAUCGCGAGCCGAGGCUCGGCGGGCCCAGCGCGGCGAGCGAGGACGGGCCCGCGCUGGUCAUUCUCUCGCUCGUGAGCGCCAACAUCCGCAACUGCGCGCUGCCGAGCUCGCGUCUGCGCGCCCUGGACGUGUUUCUCGCGCUCGCAAGGCACCUCACGGACGAGGCGAAGCUCGACAGGAUGGUGCCGUACGUUGUGGAUCUGCUGCACGACGAUGCGGCGGUGGUGAGGGUCGCGGCGCUGCGAACGCUUGUGCAGGUGCUCAUGCUCGUGAAGGUCAUCACGCCGUCCAACACGUCCGUCUUCCCCGAAUAUGUCCUCCCGAACGUGCGCUACCUCGCCGCGGACCCGGAGGUGUCCGUGCGCGCCGCGUACGCGCAGUGCAUCGUCCAGCUCGCAGACACAGCGCUGCGCUACCUCGAGGUCGGCCAGGCGCUCAAAGCUUACGGCAGAGUACCCGGCGCGAGCACCAGCCCCGGCCCCAGCGUCCACCCCGCCGUGUCCUACGACGCGGCGCUCGCGGACCUGCAGGCCUCCGUGCAGGAGCAGCUCGCGGCGCUGCUCAUGGACGGGUCGAGCAUCGUGAAGCGCGCGGUGCUGCACAAUGUCGGCGCGCUGUGCCUCUUUCUGGGACGGCAGCGCACGAACGACGUGCUGCUCAGCCACAUGAUCACGUAUCUGAACGACCGCGACUGGGCGCUGCGAUGCGCGUUUUUCGAGAGCAUUGUGGAUGUUGCGGCGUGUGCAGGGGGGAGGAGUUUGGAUGAGUAUAUUUUGCCGUUGAUGGUGCAGGCGCUCCUGUGCGAGCUCGGGCUGUUCCAGAAGAUGCGCAUAUGGGAGCUCAUGAGUGCUACGCUCGGGUUCUUCUACCACCCGAACGUGUGGAUACGACAGGGUCAUUUGGGAUUCUACGUAGGCGCAGCAGCGUUCAUCGCGUCCGCCGCGAAACACCUCCCGACGAGCGACGUGUGGUGCAUCCUCUACCCAUCCUUGCGCCAUCUUCUACGGUGCGAUGUCAAGGUGAUCGACGAGCAGAGCUUGCUCGGCGCGAUGAAGCCUCCUCUGUCGCGGGCCGUCUUCGACGGCGCGGUUCAAUGGGCGAUGAAGGCCGACAAGACCGCGUUCUGGCGCGGCCACCGGCGCCCGCCGUCCAAGGUCGAGUCACCGAGGGAGAGCAUCGUGUCGAUGCGCAAGGCGGGGAGCGUGAGCAGCGUAGGGAGGAACAAGACGGAGGAGGACGAAGCACACCUAAACAGGCUGCAAAACCUCGGCAUGGCGCCCGCGGACGAGGGCAAGCUCUUCGCGCUGCGGGAUUAUAUCCUCAAGCUCGCUAACAACACCGCGAGCUUCGCAGCCCGCUCGCGCACCGAAGCUGAAAAAGACGCGACGCUAAAGACAACAGGCGACGUCGAGAUGCAGAAGCUCGGCGUCCAGCCGCAGACCGUCUUCCUCCGCGCCGCCGCCCGCGCCGGCUCCUCCACGUCUGGUAUAGCGGACCUCGCAUCCCGCGCGUCGAGCCUUGAUCGCGGGAGCGUCGUUGGUGCAGUUGUUGGUGCCGGAGGCGCGCCGUUCGAGGAUCUUCGGCGGCGGCUGGCGACAAUCAACGGCUCGCAAGCGUCCGUCGCGCUCUCUUCGCCCGGUGGCGGCGCACGCGAGCGCGCGGCGGGGCUCGGGCUCGGGCUGUCCUUGCUUCCUCCUCCGCAGCCGUCGAGCUCCGCUGGGUCGUCGCCUGCUCCGGCACCGCCUGCGGUUCUUUCGCCUGCACGCCCCGGAAGCCCGACGGAGUCGAUCGUGUCGGCGACGAACUCGCUCGUUGUGCGCACGGGACAUCAGCAUAGGCUGCACGUGGGGAGCACGGACGGGCAGAAGGCGGCGCCGGCUGUGGGCGCGUCGCAUGCGAGCGCGAUUGGGGUGUUGGAGGCGAGCAGUCGGAUGAGGGCGGGGGAGGAUGGGAUGUCGUCGGGGCGGACGUCGCCUGUGUCGACGGCGGGGACUAUUGGGAGCAGCGGCGGUUUGAGACCGCGGGUGCCGUCGUUGUUGCCCAUCUCGACGUACGACGGCCACGAUCCGGGGAUCAGCACGGUGCUCGAGCAUCUCUACCUCGACAACAGCCACGCGCGGGAGCUGCAGCACGACUUUGGCCCGCGCGUGCACGAGGGCCCGAUACGCCGGCGCAACGCAGCGAGGCAGCGCGCUGCUGCCCUCUCGCAGGACGCCGGCUCCGACUCCAGCAACAACGCCCACCCGGGCUCAACACGGCGGCCCGCCGCCGACGCAACGCUCAUCGCGCACCUGUCCUCGCACACGGCGGCCAUAACGGGGCUCGCCGUCUCGCCGGACCACGUGUUCUUCGUGUCGUGCUCGGACGACGGCACGGUGAAGGUGUGGGACACGGCGCGGCUGGAGCGGAGUGUGACUGCGAAGCCGCGGGCGACGUAUGCGGGGCACGGGCAGGCGCGGGUGAAGGCGGUGUGUGUGGUGGAGGGGACGCAUUGUUUUGUGAGUGCGGGGGAGGACGGGGGGGUGCAUGUUGUUAGGGUGUUUGUGGGUGGGGGUGGAGGGUAUACGGUGCCGAAGUACGGGAAGUUGCAGCUUGUGAGGGAGCACCGCGUCGAGGGUGCGGCGGAGGGGGAGUGGGUGAGUGCGAUGGGGCAUUGGAACUCGGACACGUCCUCGAACCUGAUCUACACGACAACGCACGCGCGCAUCGUCACGCUCGACCUGCGCAGCAUGCGCGUGCUGCAGACGCUGCAGAACCCGCGGCACCUCGGCGCGAUAACGUGCAUGUGCGUCGACGUGCGCAAGCGCGCAUGGGUGCUUGUCGGCACCGCGUCGGGUGCGCUCGCGCUCUGGGAUAGGCGGUUCGGGAUGCUGUUGAGGACGUGGAUGGUCGGGCGGAGUGCGGGCGCGGGUGCGAAGGGGAGGCAGAGCAGGGUGCAUGGGAUCGCGGUGCAUCCGACGAAGGGGAGGGGACGGUGGGUUGUUGUUGGUGUCGAGACUGCGCGAGAUGGCGGGGCCAAUGGCAGCGGGGGAGGGAAUGGGGGAGGGGCGGCGACGAUGAUAGAGGUGUGGGAUAUCGAAGCUGCAGUGCUUGUGGAGAGCUUUGUCACCAGGACGGCGGCUGUCUCCCCCGCUACGACGACAACGACGGCAUCGAACGAGGGGAUGGGGACGGCGGAGAUGAGCCCCGCAGCUGCGAUCGCGGCGCUCGUGAACGCGCGGUACCCCGGCGGCGCCGCAUAUUCUUCCGGCCUGUCUGCCUCUCCUGGCUCGCGCGGAGGGUACGGGAACGGGAAUACGCACGAGGACAUGAUGGGCGCGUCGCUGCCCGCGCCGUCUGUCGACGUGCGCGCGAUGGUCGUCGGGGCGGACUUUGGCGGGUACGGGUACGGGGUGCACCACCGUUCGGAGCUCGUCGAUCUCGGCGAGGACAUGGUCGCGUCGUCGCUGCUGAGCCGGUCGGCGGGGCGCGGGUUCCUGAUCAGCGGGGGCGAGGACCGGCGGAUCAGGCUGUGGGAUCUGGCGAAGGUGGAGCGGACGUGUGUGCUUGUUGGGCCGGAUGCGGAGCAUGAGAAGCCGGCGUACAGCUCUGUGCGGGCAAAGGAUAAGGACAAGGACAAGGAAAGCGGGGGAGGGGGAGGGAAGGCGGUGAGCUACGUGGAGACGUGGUUGCCGACUGCGACGACGGCGGGGCAGAUGAACAGACCGGCACAGCGGAUGUCGCUUAUUACGCAUUCGCAGCAGAGUCUGGUGAGGGCGCAUUUGGAUGUGGUGACUGCGCUGGCGUGUCUCGAGUCGCCGUUCCGCGGGGGGAUUGUGUCGGGGGAUCGAGCGGGGGUGGUCAAGGUGUGGCGUGUUGGGAUUGCUGAGUAG